GGGGCCAAUUCGAACGGGCGGCGGCGGGGAGCGGCGCCAUGCCCGCUGCGGCGCCAGCCGACGGCUUCGCCUCCUCAGACGAUGAGGCCUCCGAGGAGGACCCGAGCCCGCUCCACAUCUCCUGGUUGUCUUUGUCUCCUCUCUACUCUUCUGAGUUCCUGGGAUUAUGUUCCCUUCCAGGUUGCAGGUUUAAGGAUAUCAGAAGGAAUCUUCAGAAAGAUAUAGGAGAGCUGAAGAGCUGUGGGGUGCAGGAUAUCUUUGUGCUUUGUACCAGAGGAGAGCUCUCAAAGUACCGAGUACCAAACCUGAUGGACGCCUACCAGCAGCACGGGAUGAGUGUGCACCACCACCCCAUUCCUGACGGGAAUGCUCCCGACAUGGCCACCUGCUGCAAGAUCCUGGGAGAGCUCAGAGCCUGCCUGGAAAAUAAGCAGAAAACAGUGAUACACUGUUAUGGUGGCCUCGGACGCUCAUGUCUUGUGGCUGCCUGUCUCCUGCUCCAGCUUUCGGACACCCUGACACCUCAGCAGGUGAUAGAGAGCCUCAGGAACCUGAGAGGAUCGGGGGCCAUACAGACCAUCAAGCAGUACAAUUUCCUCCAUGACUUCCGGGAGAACCUCGCUGCACACCAGGCCACGGAGGACGCGGGGCUGAGAUCGGCGUCACGGUAGUUGAUCCUGCCACGGGCAUUUUGUGUGGAAAACUCUGGACAAGACACCUCCCUCCUGGCCUUUCCUCAGUGCUGCUGCCUUUCAAAUCCGUGUGUGAAGUAUUGGAAUGGGGAAGGAAAUCCUGGAGAACAGGUAGCAUCUUCCUCUCUUUGGUGACUUUAAUACUGCCUGAAAAAUACAUGUACAAGUGUGUUUGUGUCCAUUGCUGUUCUGCUGGGAUAAUGGAGCUGGAUAGAAAUCCCAUCCCUGGAGCUGUUUAAAAACACCCUCAGAGCCUCAGCUCUGUGUAAAGCAAACUCAAGUUAAGCUGGAGCACUCACCCCUUACGAGCUCGUAACAACUCAUUGUAAAAUGUCACAGUUCUGCUCAGGGUGUUGAGGGGUAUUUGGGAAGGAGUCUCCUCAUUCCAAAAGCAGGAGGCGUUGUACCAAAAAUCUGUGACAAACCCAGCAGGGGUUGUAGGUGACUGUGGCAGGAAUACUCUGCUGCAGCUGCGUGGGUGAGCUGGCACAGCCCUUCUGCCUGCUGCCACCACUGAGUAAACAAUCAGCUGGGCUGGAGGAUCUCACAGGAACAGUCCUCUAACAGCCCUCAGCCCUCCUGUGUCACUGUAUCCAUUCAUAAAAGCAAGAUGAACACUCCUGCCUUUGGAUAAAGUUCAGGAUUUUGAUAAAGUUCAGGAUUUUGAUAAAGUUCAGGACCUUCUCAUGUCAAAAGUUGGGAUGAGACUCCAGACAGCACCAGGGGGCUGGAGUUGAACCAACCCCUGCUUUGUGAACUUCAGAAUUUAUCUUUUAACAUUUGAACUUCAAGCACAAAGGUGAUUUCUGCAGAUUAAUUAGUGUUUACUGCCAUUCCCUUCCCCACUUCAUGGCAAACAACAGGAACUUUCCCAGUUUCCACAACACAGAAUCAUUUACAGCAAAUAACCCUGCCCCAAAUGUGCCUCAGCACUUAAUCCUUGCAACUAAUGGUUUUCAGAUAUUAAAUAUUUACCACAUGACUCAGCAGGAAGCUUGCUGAGGGCAAGAGAAACGUUCUUUAUUUUCUCCAUAAUCUUUUGCCUUCUGAAACUCCAAAAACAAUUAUCAGGCCCACAUUUUGAAUGUCAGAGGCCUGGUACUCCAGCAAGGCAUCACCCAAGGGCUGCUCCAGCGCUCCUGGGACACGAGGCUGGACAUGGAUGGUGUUAUCCACACCCCUGGAGAGCUGGGAAUGCUCACUGCACCCCCCAUCCAGUAAAGCUGUCAGCAGGACAGUGCCAACACUGGUAAAUACUGCUGGGCAAAGCCCCUGCAGCUGGAGGGGCUGCAGGAGCAGCUGCCACUGGGGCUCAGUCAGGCCUGCAUUGUUUAUUCCAGUGUGGAAUUUGGCUCUAACCAGCCCAAAUGCCAAGGGAACAGAGAGGUUUGUUUAGAAGGUUGAGGAGAGCCAGGGGCUAUGAGCAGCCAGUCUCAUUUCCAUAAUGGAUUAAUAAAUAUACAAACGUAAGAAAGGUUUAAUGAGCUUUGCUUCCACAGGCUGAAGUCAUCUCUUGCAUCUCUGGAAUAGCCAAGCAGCAGAAAAAUAAAAAUGAUCCAAUAGGAACAAUAUUCAUGAGUUUCCAAAAAAGCCUUUCAAAAAUUGUGCUGUGCAAAGCUAAAAAUUAUGGUUGCAUGAGGAAAAAACUAAUCAUGGAAUGCUGAAGGCUUGAGCAGUAGGGGCAUGGGAAAUGCUCAAUAAAUGCAAGGAAACGUGAGAAAAAGAGUUUUAUGUACAAAGCAAUAAUCUGUCAGGACUAUUAUUACUUAAGAAAGAAAAUCUGAAGUUAGCACAGCGUGAAUUCUCUGAACCCCAGUAUAUUAAUGUGACAAUAGCCUAGAAAAUGGAAAAAAUUGUGGAGGAGAAAGGACAGUCCCAAAUGUUGUGGAAGGACUUCCAGCCAGAGAUCAAACAGACUCCUCGACAGAUGAAAUGAGUAAAGUCUGUUCAUUCAUACACAGAUAAGGUGGAAAGGGGGACAUUUGCACCAUGUCCUAAAAAAUGAGAGUGUAGGGUCACCAAGUGAAGUCUGGCAGAACUAAACACCUUUCACACGCAGCAAUUCCACUGCAAUUCCCUGUCAGGGCUGCCCACAGGAGCUGUGGCUGCCCUGGCCCUGCAAGUGUCCAAGCCCAGAGUGGAUGGUGACAGUGGAAGGUGUCCCUGCCCCUGGCAGGGGCUGGAAUGAGGGGGCUUUGAUUUAAUGUCCCUUCCACACAAAACCGCUCUGGGAUUCUGUGAUCUUUCAGACCAGGCUACAAAAGUGCUCAAAAUGCAACUGCACUGAUGGCAGAAAAGCCACUCAGAGCUUUUUCAAAUGCCCAAGCCCACCCAGGACAUCUGUAACACACAAACUCCCCAAUUUCUCACUCUUCAACCUGCCCUGUUUCACAUUCCUGUCCCCAGCAAUUGCCACUGCCCCACACACCCACGCUGGAAUUUCUGGAUUUCUGGUGGAACCCAGUGCAGCCAUUCAUGCAACUUUGAUUGUGCCUAACACCCAAGAGACCCAAAGUGAACAAAAUACACAGUUUAUGCAAAAAAAAAGUUUUACUAGAAUGGGGAAACUCUGCAUUGUUUUCCAGCACAGGUAAAUGAAACAGACCCUAAUUAUUACUUGUAAAUUAGGCAGCUGUUCACAGUCACAAUUUACAAUGCAAUAUUUAUCUGAAACAUCUUCCCAUGCCCAUCUGCUAUUUAACUUCAGGAAAAAAAGCAGGAAAUCAGAGCUUCCCUUUUCCAGAGGUAAUUAAGAUUCCACAUUCUAUUCUUAAAGGGAAUGCAAUUAUCCACUGUAAAACAACUGAUGAACACAAUGAGGAUCUGUUGAAUUUAAAAACAAAACAGAAGGCACCACAUAAAAAGAAGUGUUGCUGAAUUUGAGAUUUGUUUUUUAUUAUCAUUUAUCGCACUAAGGAACAGCGGGGCAGUUUCACAAUCUCACUUUCUGCUUUGAAAAAGUCUUGUAGUAUUUAUUACUCUUAAACCCAAGAGUGUUUUCAUCAUUGGACUUGAUAAACGUUGGAGAUUUUUCCAUUUGUUAAUCAGACAGCACAGACAUUAAAAAAACCCCAACCAUUUAAAUUCAUUUCUUCAUGGACAAUUCAGCUUCUCCUACCACAGUGACACAGGCUGGAGAUUAAAGCAGGGUUAAUGGUUGGAGAAGAUACAGAAGGCUCCGGACCAUGCACGUACAGGGGAAGAUUAACCAGAUAAUAAACAAACAAACAAAAAUAAACCAAAA